GGAAGCCCGGCUCCAGCUCGCGGGCGUCGGAGGGCUCAGGCCGCGCCGCGCAGCGCCGCGCUGCAUUAUGGAACACGGAGUUUAAUAGAAAACUCGGAGGGGAACGCGCUCUCGACCAAGCUGGCGUUUACCUUGUGCCGGGGGCGGGGCAAGGAAGAGCCGCUCAAGAUUUCGUCAUAAAACCGCGACCCGACAGGCGGCGCCAUCUUCGAACUUGGACUUCCGGAAGGACUUUGGCGCGGAUCCUGUAGUUUUUGUGUUUGCUGAAAAUUUUCUUCUGUUUUCUGGAAUAGUUCUUUUGAAAGGUACUUUUCAACUUUUUUUUUCUUCCUGUCCUGUCUGUACAUAGGUCCCACAUUGGAUCCUUUUUUACUUAUGGGUUUUGAAUGGGUUACAGGUCUUCUGUUUACCAAAGAACAAUGGCACCAUAGACAGUAUCUUUAGCAUAUGAGGUUGCACCGUAUCCUUACCACUUGAGUUAGAGAACUUACUGCUGCCAUGUUAUAAGAAGAGGGGUGGGGGCUUUAGCUUGUAUAUUUCUUUUAGAAUUUAUAUGAGCACAUGUUUUCCAUUGAGGCUGAUGAAUUCUUUAUCUUUUAGUUAUAUCUCAAACUGUGGAGGGUUACCUCCUGGGAUUUGAGCUAUUUCUACCCCUUGUCAAAGGCAAACAGAUAGUCUUGACCAAAAAUCUACCCUUACAGAGUUGUAUUUGCUCAAAUUUUUGGUUUGUGAUCAGUGUUUUACUUCUGCCAGUCUUCUUGGGCUGUGGUUCUAUAUCUAAUUUUUCUGGGUUCAUAAAGAUUCGGGACACGUUAGUCCACUAUUGGAUGUGAGAAAGUUCUCUUAAUGUGAUAGGAUGAUCUUUAACUGUAUUGCACCCCCUCUCCUCAAUUGAAGUGUAACACUGAUGGCUAGGUUCCAGAAAACUCUUACUCUGCUUUCUUUCUUUCUUUUUUUUGUUUGUCUUGUUUUAAGUCAUACAUGAUCUCAUAUAGCCUAGGCUAGCCUUGAAUUACUGCCUCCACCUCCCAAGUGCUAGGAUUUCAAAAUGUGCCAUCCCACUUAGUUCAGUACAACUCUUAUUUUUAAGGAAAUCUGUUCCUUUACUUCACAGAAAUGGAUGUUAACUCUGGGUAGCCUACUUUUGCUCAGUUUUAUUAGUAUCUGGCAAUAGUAACAGUUUUAAUAGCCUAUUUUGGUCUCAAUUUUAAUAGUGUGUGGCAACUCUGUAUGUUUAGGAAUCUUGCUGUAUUCUACCCCACACUAGUCCCAGACUCCAUAGUAACUAGGACUUUGCACUGCACCGUCACACCUGUUUGGCAGCUGUUGUUUAGUCUGUUUUUAGGAAGUUAACAAUUCUUCCCUAGAGAUGCAUAAUUUAUGUCUCUUUUUUCCCUUGUGGUGGGAAAUCUGAAUAUGAUUUAUUUGGAGUUUUUUUAGUAAGAACUAAGUUAAUUGUAUAUUCAUUUCUAUAUUCUUAUGAAGCUAUAUGAGGUUUAAGUAACAAAACAUUUAGUGUUAUUUGGCACAUAGUAAGCAAGUUAAUAAACGUAGCUUAUUAUCUGUUUACUUAUUUAUUGUCUGCUGCACGAUAGAAUGUAAAUCUCAGGAAGGUAGCAUCUUGCCUGUCUUUUGUUGUUGUUGUUUUUUUUCUUUUCUGAAACAGGGACUUGUGUGUAGCCCAGGCUAGUCCCGAAAUCACAGCAUCUCUCCUGUCUCAGCUUCCCAGGAGCUGGUAUUGCAGGUGUGCACUACUGUGUCCAGCUCCUUGUAUGUCUUAUCAUUUACUAGUUCCUAGAGCAGUGCUUGACAUAAUAGUUUGUGUGUUGUGGGUGCAUUUAUUUAUUUAUUUAUUUGAUAAGGGGGCACAUGUGAGCAUGUGGAAGUCAGUACAGCUUGUAGAAGUUUGUUUUCUCCUUACGGCAUGCCACGUGGAUCAGGGGGAUUGAAUUCAAGUCAUUAGACUUGGUAGCAAGCAUCUUAACCUACUAAGUCAUCUUACUACCCCAGUAGCUAUUUGAAUGAAUGAAUGAAUGAAUGACAGUGAUCAGUAUGCUUGGGUUUCUGGUUGUGCGGUGAAGGGGGAAAGAGAAAACUCUGAGCCUUUACAUAUAGCUUCUGUGUUCCACUCAUUGCUAUAUCUCUGUAUGCAGGGCAGCCAUUUUGGGGGGUGCUGAUGGAUACCUGCGGGGUCGGCUAUGUUGCCCUGGGGGAGGCCGACCCCGUGGGGAACAUGAUUGUGGUAGACUCUCCUGAACAAGAAGAACUAAACCAGCUGGAUGUCAAGGCCUCUUCAGAAACAUCCAGUGUGGAGACUUCCAUCGAGAUGUCACUACCCACUCCUUUGCCUGGAUUUGAGGGUUCUUCUGACAAGAGGAGGCUUUCUCCAGAGCAGGAGAGCCUCACCAGGUUGGAGCAGCAAGAUCUUUCUUCAGAGAUGUCAAAGGUCUCAAACCCUAGGGCCUCAAAGCCUUCCGGGAAGAGAGGUGGUAGGACACCAAGAGGCCCUAAAAGGCCUCAGCAACGUAAACCUCCAUCCACCCCUCUGGUUCCUGGUCUCUUAGAUCAGUCCAACCCUCUGUCUACCCCUAUGCCUAAGAAACGAAGUCAAAAGUCCAAGGGAGACCUGCUACUUCUCAAGUUGUCCAAAGGCCUAGAUCAGCCAGAGUCUCCACAUCCAAAGAGACCCCCUGAGGACUUUGAGACCCCUUCUGGGGAACGACCCCGCCGAAGGGCUGCCCAAGUGGUGUCGCUGCCUAACCCAGGUUGGCCUCGAACUUGCGAUCCUCCCACCUCAGCCUCCCGAGUGCUGGGAUUGCAGGCGUGCGCCACCACACCUGGCUCUCCAUCACAUUUUUCACAGACUUCCCCCAGGGCACUUCUGUACCUUCAGGAACUGGCUGAAGAGCUCUCAACAGCCCUGCCUGCUCCACUGUCAGGCCCUAAGAGUCCCAAGGUGAGCAGUCCCACCAAGCCCAAGAAGACCCGACAAGCAGCCUCUCAGGGUGACGAAGAUGGUAGCGCUCGGGACGAAGACUUCGUUCUUCAGGUGGAGGGUGAAGAUGAGGAAGAGAGUGAAGCCCCCAGUGAGAACUCAUCUGAUCCUGAGCCUGUUGCACCCCGAAGCACCCCACGAGGACCCUCUGCAGGGAAGCAGAAACCACACUGCCGGGGCAUGGCUCCCAAUGGCUUACCCAAUUACAUCAUGGCUCCUGUUUGGAAGUGCCUGCACCUCACCAAGGACCUCCGAGAACAGCAGCAUUCAUUCUGGGAGUUUGCUGAAUGGAUCCCAGUAGCCUGGAAGUGGCAGCUGUUAACGGAACUUGAAGCAGCUCCCUACCUGCCCCAGGAGGAGAAGUCUCCCCUGUUCUCAGUACACCGUGAGGGGAUUCCUGAGGACGGCACGAUCUACAGAAUAAACAGAUUUAGCUCCAUCACAGCACAUCCAGAGCGCUGGGAUGUGUCCUUCUUCACAGGAGGACCACUCUGGGCUCUGGACUGGUGCCCGGUGCCUGAAGGAUCGGCAGCCUCACAGUAUGUGGCCCUUUUCUCCAGCCCAGACAUGAAUGAGACACACCCACUGAGCCAGCUUCAUUCAGGCCCUGGGCUGCUGCAGCUCUGGGGCCUUGGAACAUUGCAGCAAGAAAGCUGUCCUGGCAACAGGGCCCACUUUGUCUAUGGGAUUGCCUGUGACAGUGGCUGUAUCUGGGAUCUCAAGUUCUGCCCCAGUGGGGCAUGGGAACAUCCAGAAACCCCUCGGAAGGCUCCUCUCCUGCCUCGCCUGGGUCUCUUGGCCCUGGCCUGCUCGGAUGGGAAGGUACUGCUGUUCAGUCUACCGCAUCCUGAGGCCCUCCUGGCUCAGCAGCCUCCAGAUGCUAUGAAACCUGCCAUCUACAAGGUACAGUGUUUGGCAACCCUUCAGGUAGGGUCUGUGCAAGCAUCAGACCCUUCUGAGUGUGGUCAGUGCCUUAGCCUGGCUUGGAUGCCUACCAGGCCCCAUCACCACCUGGCUGCAGGAUAUUAUAAUGGCAUGGUGGUUUUCUGGAAUCUUCCUACUAAUUCACCCCUCCAACGGAUACGUCUCUCUGAUGGUUCUUUAAAGCUGUACCCCUUCCAGUGUUUCCUAGCCCACGACCAGGCUGUUCGUACAAUUCAGUGGUGCAAAGCUAACAGUCAUUUCCUGGUUUCUGCGGGGAGUGACCGGAAAAUCAAAUUCUGGGAUCUUCGGCGACCUUAUGAGCCAAUAAACUGUAUCAAGCGCUUCUUGAGUACAGAGCUUUCCUGGCUGCUUCCCUACAACGGUGUCACGGUGGCCCAGGACAACUGCUAUGCCUCUUACGGGCUCUGUGGAAUUCAUUACAUCGAUGCUGGUUAUCUUGGUUUUAAGGCCUACUUUACUGCUCCGAGAAAAGGCACCGUCUGGAGUCUUUCAGGUUCAGACUGGCUUGGGACAGUAGCUGCAGGAGACAUAUCCGGGGAGCUCAUUGCAGCUAUUUUACCUGAUAUGGCAUCAAACCCAAUUAAUGUCAAGAAACCUGCAGAAAGAAGAUUUCCCAUAUAUAAAGCAGAUCUGAUAGCUUACCAGGACAGCCCUGAAGACCAAGAUUCCUCGACCUCCUCUGAGACCCCCAAUCCUCCCAAAGCGAGAACUUACACUGAGACCAUCAAUCACCACUACUUACUCUUUCAAGAUACAGAUCUGAGUUCCUUCCACAACCUGCUCCGUAGAGAGCCGAUGUUACGCAUGCAGGAAGGAGAGGGACACUCUCAGCUUUGCCUGGACAGGCUGCAGCUUGAAGCUAUUCACAAGGUACGUUUCAGCCCAAACCUGGACUCCUAUGGAUGGCUGGUAUCUGGGGGGCAGUCAGGGCUGGUUCGGAUCCAUUUUGUUCGUGGACUCACCUCCCCGCUGGCCCACCGUGUGCAGCUUGAAAGCCGAGCCCACUUCAAUGCUAUGUUCCAAACCUCCUUUUCAACUGAAGGGCCUGGUUUCUCUCCAGCUAGCCAUUGCCUUUCCCCCAAUCCCUAGUCUGGUCCACACAGAGCUCUUGGAUUGAAGUCUGACAAGAACAAAUGGCCCCAUGCACAAAGCAUAGGACCUGGGCCCUUCCCGGACAGUGAUGGUGCCUAAAUCUUUAGACCUGUCUGCCCAGAGCUCCUUAAUCCCUCUCCUUUCACAGACUUCUAUGGUCACAGCUCCCUGCAGGUAGGGGGGCUCCCCCUCCACAACAAUUCCUAUGCCUAAAACCAUGGCUCACAAGAAACACUCAGGCCUGACCUAGGCUUGGGAGUCAAAUUGCUCAUAUUGAGCAUAUUGUGAAGGAGGUAAAGCUAAGUAAAGGUACUGGGUGUUUUUGAGACCACUUGUGAGUGGGUGUUUGGAGAGUCGGAAAGGAUAUCUUCAUGAAGGCUCCUGUCCAUUUCCAGGACUUGAUGUUACUGCCUUCUGUUCUUCCUCUUUAGAAUAACCAACACACAGGCCCAGUGGGGGUGACAGUAAUUUAUUGGACUGAAGCUGCUCGUAAUAUUUUAACUGAGGAACACCAUAAACUUUCUACCAGUAGAACAGCGGCCAGCUCUUAAUGGCUCCUGCUUAUGAAAUAUUCCCAAUCAUUGGUCACUUGACACUACUUGAACACUCUUAGAUAGUAGUGUUUUUUAAAAAAUUUUUGAAGCUGGGUAUAAUGGUGCACACCCGUAAUGCCAGCACUUGGGAGGCCGAGGCAGGAGGAUCACAAUUUUGCGUUCAGUCUGGGCCAUCUCAUAAAACCAAAAAGUAAGAAAAAAAAUCUUCCUUUCUAUCAAGUCAAGAUUAUACCUCUAUUAAUUUUACUAAUGGGUGUUAGGAGAUGUAGUCAUUCUUCCCUGUGAGUGCCCUUUUCAGUACUUAACAGUAGCUAUCAUGUGUUUCCUAGCCAUUUUUUUCUCUAGAUUAAAUAUCUUUAGUUAUUUCAAUCAUUCUUUUACAAGUCAUGAUUUUUGAUCUUCAUGAUAUGGUCACAUUGUUGACAUAUUAAACAUGUUUAAACUCUGUAUACAAAGUAUUUAGAACCCAAUAAUGUAUUGUCAUCUGGAUAGAGUCCUCUUGUGGGUAGCUGCACCUCACAUGACUGAUACAUACUGCCUCGGAAGCACAGGCAGCCCCAGUGAUGUGAAAUCUCCAGACCACAGCCAUGGGACAUGUAGGGUGCAGGCUGAGGUUUGGAAGGAAGUAGUUAGAUCAUCUUAGGAAAUAGGAAACAAACAGGGCUCCUGCUUCCUCUUGAAAGAGAUGCAUUCUAGAUUAGUGUUACCUGAAACAAAACCUAGACUUUAGAGCACUCAAGAUUGGUCUGUCAUGUCUGGGAACAGCUUUCUGCCUGAGUAGUAUAGAAGAUUUGUCAAAUGCCAAAUCUUUCGGAAGAGAACCAAGUAGUUCAGUCCCUUGCUGUACAGAAGAGGGAGCAGACCUGUAGGGAACUCAGGUCCUUAAGCGGCAGAAGGAGCACAAUGCACGCUGGUGGGAAGGAGCCAAGUGUUGUACCACUCUGUUGUGACCCAGCUCGGGCUGCGUCAGGCUUGCUUUCUGAACUAAUAAAGAAGUGCCUUCCAUUGCA